AUGGAAGAAUAUGACUCCGAUCUAGUCCCAACCCAAGAAUUCAAGAUCCUACACAAUCUCGUCACGGACCCAGAUGCCUCGGCGGCAGACGCAGUACAACAAGUCCUUGACCUGACCACAACAGAAAUCCUAUCCAAAAAUGACACACCCGGAACCAACUUCGACAGCGAUGUUGCUUGGAAUAUUUGUAUCUUGAUGAUCGAUAUCGCCGCGAACACUGCACCAACGCGGCAGACUAAGCUUCUUGAUUUCGUCACACGGAUUCAGAAAGUCACCGUGGCCGACCCGAGGACGGGGGAGAAGGUUGGAUGUGGGAAUUUCGGUUAUCUUUGGACAGAUUUACAUUCUUUUGGAAUGCAUGUUGCUGACAUGUGUAAUUCCUUUAUCCAUCAUCAUUCCCACACUCAAAAGGAGCUAGAAAAAUGGGAGAACAGCACUGCCUUUAUUGCGCAGAGCACGGCUGCUGCUGCUAUCACUCGCAACGACGAACCCACACACAGGAUGGAUUUCUCAAUCUAUGGACUGUAUGCGUGCCGUGAUGCUUUUGAGGAAGAAAAUCAGUAUAAAUCGGCUGUGCGAACCGCAUGUUUGUGA